GCUGCUCGGUCAGAGAUCCAUGGACUUGAAGGAUCGUCAGAUUUUUUUCAGUCUUCUGCGGGAUCGGGAUAACUUACGUGGCGACGAGAAGCAGCUCUUCUCUCGCACGACAAUGCGAGUUGGAAGUUCGGCUGGAUGACUCUCACCUCCUUCUUUACUGUGAAUCAUAGAAGUCAUUGCAGAAGUACGCUGCAGACGGCGCACACCGGUCCGAACUAACUGUAUUGAAUGAAUGUGGGCAAAUGCGGACGAGCACUCUCACUGUGAGGCCUUUUCUUCGGCGGAUGGCGGAUUCCAUUCCGCCGAGAAUCAAAACUCCUUUUUAUGCUGUGGGUUCGGGCAAAGUCCUUUGAGCUUGAACGAGUCGCUCAGCUCUUCUGCCGGAUUCCAUUCGGACGAUUGUCAAAGCUCUCUUUUGUGGUGUGGGUCCGGGCAACGUCCUGUGAGCUUGAACGAGUCUGUCAUCUCUUCUACGAAUGUCGGAUUCCGUUCGGAACGAUUGUCAAAGUUCUAUUUUGUGGUGUGGGUCCGGGCAACGUCCUGUGCGCUUUUACGGGUCUGUCAGCUUCUUCGAGCAGCAAGGCUUCGAGUUUUAUCCCCUACAUAAAUUCCACUCUUUGAAUGUAGUAAUUCUCCUCUUCCUCCACUAGAUUUCUACCUGGUUGGCUUGCAUACGCUCCAUCUUUAUCUUGUCAUCAAGAAGUUCCAGGAGCUGAUGUCUAAUCGUGCCAAUAUGUCAAGACGAGAUCAUCCGUAUCACUGGAAGGCAUGUCUCGUCAUUUUCGCAUGCGAGGUGGCAGAGAGAGUGGCGUAUUACGCCAUAUCUUCCACUCUCACAGUCUACCUUACGACAGUCCUGCAAGAGACCGUGGCCGAGGCAGCCAGAAACUAUAACAACUGGGCAGGAACUACGUUUCUUACUCCCUUUAUUGGAGCAUUUGUUGCGGAUGCAUUCUUGGGUCGUUAUUGGACCAUCGUCUGGUCCAUGAUCAUAUAUUUCCUGGCAUUGGUUUGUGUCACGGUCUCCAUGUCCUUCGAGCCAUUCAAACCUCCGACGUGUGAUCAUCAUCUCCUCACCACCAUGUGCGACAAGCCUAGUGUGCCCCAGAGAGUCUUCUUCUAUGGUUCAUUGUACUUGAUGGCUUUAGGAGCGGGAGGAAUCAAGUCAUGUGUGACGGCAUUCUCUGCAGACCAGUUCGACGACACUGAUCCUGGGCAGAAGCAUGAGAGGGUGUCGUUUAUGAACUGGUGGUGGUUCAGUCUGAGCGUCGGUAUCAUGGUCUCCGUGGCCUUCUUCCCUUGGGUGCAGGAACAGUAUGGUUGGGUAUGGGUCGGAGCAAUUCCAGCCGGAAUCGUUGGAUUUGUAACUCUGACUUUCAUUAUCGCUCAUCCUCUAUACUACCAUCAAACCCCCUCUGGAAGUGCUUUCACGAGAGUUUUCCAGGUUCUGGUGGCUGCUUUCAAGAAGAGAAACUUGGAACUGCAACCUAAUCUUCACGAGCUGUUUGAACUGAGCUCGGAUCAUUCAGAAGUUUCCUCAACACCCAACUACCGUUUCCUUCAUACUACUCGGCUUCGAUGUUUGGACAAGGCAGCAUUACCAAGAUAUGGUGCUACGCCCUCCUUCGGUUCUCGAGUGGACACGUCGAACUGGGAACUCUGCACAGUGACCCAAGUUGAAGAGACGAAGCUGCUUCUCGGCGUUUUACCGAUAUGGACCACCAACAUAAUGAACAGCGCUGUAUUCGCACAGGUGGGCACAUUCUUUGUGAACCAGGCUACGACCAUGGAUAGAAGCUUGGGGAAACACUUCAAAGCACCCGCUGCAUCGCUCAUCCUAUUCAUUAGCUUGACGAUUGUCAUAUUCUUGCCUUUAUACGACAAGGUAUUGGUGCCCUUGACACGUAGAUGCACUGGGAACCCCCGAGGGAUUUCUAUGCUGCAACGCAUAGGAGUGGGACUAUUUCUCUCCACUGCUGCCAUGGUGGUGGCUGCAGUCGUCGAGCGCCGUCGUCUGGAAGUAGCUUCAUCACAUACUUCUGAGUCUCCUCUCCCAAUGUCUGUCUUCUGGCUAAUUCCACAGUACUUCAUGGUGGGUCUCUACGAGGUAUUUAUCGUGGUGGGUCAAGGUGAAUUUUUCUACCAGCAGGCACCUCCAGCCUUGCGAAGCCUCGGCACUGCACUCUUCUUCGGUAACGUGGCGGUGGGGAGCUUCAUCAGCAGUAUUCUGGUCACUGUGGUCGACUACCUCAGCAUGAAAUCGAGCCCGGAACACAUCAGCUGGGUGGACAACGACCUCACACGAAGUCAUCUGGAUUACUUCUACUGGCUUCUGAGCGUGCUCAACUUCGCUUUCUUCCUGCUCUUCCUGUACUGUGCCAAGGUUUACAAAUACAAUUACAGUGUCAGUCCGAUGAGAAAUGCAUGGCCUUGUACCGAGGAGCCUCCUCCCACUGACACGGCAAGCUAUGACAGCUUCGACCGAGAUGCGCAAGUUGUACCAUCUCCAGGUCACACAUCGCGCCCCGAUCCACCGUCCCAGUUCUUUACGGGCGACAGCCAAACCAACAGGAUCAGCCAUGCCAACGGCGUGGACGUCCAUGGUAGCAUCGAUGGGAGCCAUCAUGACUUCCAUGGAGUGGUUCCGUGCCCUCGAGACCCACUGCAGAUGAAGAUCCUGACCACUUAAUAUCGUAUACUCAGAGGUCCAUCGAUCCCGCGGCCAUCAUCUGCCAUUGCAGAGACGACGCAUAUUUUUCGGCGGUGGACUUGGUGUGCACAACUACUCCGUAGUAAACCUUCGUUCUAGAUGAGUCGUACACAGGAAGCAACAGAGAGAAGAAAACUCAGAACAGAGACCUUUGUCCACAAAUCUGCAUAAAAUCCUCGUUCGAGUUUGUGCGCGAGAUGUACAUGCUGUAUCCACCUGUCUGUCUACUGCACGAACAUGUCGCCGGGACGGUAUGCUCUGAAUGAUGGAU